CAUGGUCAUAACUUAUCAAUUAAUUCAAUUAAUUCUUUAAUUGAACCAACUACUCCUCCAACUUUAUCUACCAUUAAUUCAAAACUGUUUCUUUGGGAAUCAAAUAAAUUAAAUAAUAACUUGAAUUUACCCAAUUUUAAUUUGGAUCAAAAUAAAAAUAAUACUAAUAAUUCAAAUUCAACAACAGCAAUAACUAAUAAUAAUACUGGUGGUAGUAUUAAUAGUACAUCUGGUGGUAGUAUUAAUAGUGGGAAUGGAAUUCACGCUCGUAAUUCAAGUUUCAGUCAUAGUCAUAAAAAUCAAAAACCUUUUAAUAAUUCUAAAAUUGAUAAAGAAUAUUUAACUUCAAUUAAUAAAAUUCCUUUAAAUCAAUUAAAACAAGAAAUAUUAAAAUUAUCAAAAGAUCAAUACGGUUGUCGUUUUUUACAAAAAAAAAUUGAUGAAAAUUUAAUUUCAAAUUCUCAAUUAAGAAAAUCAAAUUUUGAAAUAAUUUUUAAAGAAAUUUAUCCUUAUUUAUAUGAAUUAAUUAUUGAUCCUUUUGGUAAUUAUUUAAUUCAAAAAUUAAUUGAUUACUGUGAUGAAUCAAAUUUAAAUUUAAUUUUAGAAAUUUUACAAUUUAAUUUAUUUCAAAUUUCAAUUAAUCAACAUGGUACUAGAGCUUUACAAAAAAUUAUUGAUAAUUUAAAUAAUGAUUAUCAAUUAAAUUUAUUAAUUAAAGGUUUAAAACCUUAUAUUAUUGAAUUAAUUAAAGAUUUAAAUGGUAAUCAUGUUAUUCAAAAAAUUUUAAAUAAAUAUAAUCCAGAAAAUUGUCAAUUUAUUUAUGAUUCAAUUAUCAAUGAUUUAUAUAUUGUGGCUACUCAUAAACAUGGUUGUUGUGUUUUACAAAAAUGUCUUAAUCAUGUUAAUAAUUAUCAAUUAAAUGAUUUUGCUAAUAAAAUUCUUUCCUUUGAUAUUUUUAUUAAUUUAAUUAAUGACCAAUUUGGUAAUUAUGUUUUACAAUAUUUAAUUUCAAUUAAUUCAAUUGAAAUUGAUAUUAAAAUUUUUAAUAAUUUUAUUAAAUUUGGUAUUAAUAAUUUAUGCAAUUUAAAAUUUUCUUCAAAUGUUAUUGAAAAAUUUUUGAAAAAUUGUUUUAAUAAUGAAUUUAAAUCAAUGGAUUUUUCAAAUUUAAAAUUUGAAUUAUCUUAUCAUAUUUUAAAUUCGGAUUUAAAUAAAUUAAUUAAUGAUCCUUAUGGUAAUUAUGUUAUUCAAACUUUAAUUGAUAUUUUAAUUAAUCCUCAAAUCAAUUAUUUUUUGAAAGAUUCAAAUAAUUUAUCAGAUAACUUGUUAUUAUUAUUACCAAUUAAUUAUAAUCAAAAUUUUGAUGAUUCUUUACAAAUUCAAAUUAUUAAAAAGUGGUUUCAACAUUGUAAAAUCAUUUCUUCAUUUGGUAAAAGAAUUCAACUGAAAAUUAAUAUUAUUUUAAAUGGUAAUUCA